AUGAUCCGCACCAUAAAUAAUGCAAUCCGUGCUCUUCUAUUCCAAGCAAAACUCUCACCAGUAUAUUGGGUUGAGGCUCUUCAUGUUGCAGUUCACAUUUUGAAUAUUCUCCCCUCUUCAUCCAUUCACAAUCGAAUACCCUUUACCACUCUCUUCAACAGAACACCGACAUAUACUCAUUUGAGAGUAUUUGGAUGCCUUUGCUUUCCCAACCUAAACCACUCAAAUCUUCCCAAACUGUCUCCGAGAUCCACACCUUGUCUUUUUUUGGGAUAUCCAUCUCAGCAUCGAGGAUACAGGUGUUUGGAUCUCAAAACCAAUAAAAUAAUCAUUUCCCGUCAUGUCUUCUUUGAUGAAACCAUUUUCCCAGCUGCUGUUACAACCAACAACACCACGUCUUAUCACUUUCUCGAUAUCGACGAUGAACCUUCCCCUGUUUUUAAAGAAAUUCUUCAGACUCCAUCACUUCCUCCUUCCACAGCUCCUCCACAGCCCUCAAUUCCUUCCCUGCCUACUGUAACUCCUCCGAGUGUUCCAAACCCACCUGGACACUCAAUGCAAACCAGGAGUAAACAUGGCAUUCGUAAACCAAAAACACAUUUCUCUCUUCUCACAACUGUUUCACCCAUUCCAAACUCUCAUAUCCAAGCUCUUUCUGAUCCUAAUUGGACACCAGCCAUGACUGAUGAGUAUGAUGCCUUUAUUAAGACCAAGACAUGGGAUCUUGUACCUAGACCUACGGAUACUAACAUUGUGAGAUGUAUGUGGAGAUAUACACAUAAACUUGAUGCAGAUGGAUUUUUGAAUCGCCACAAAGCACGUUUGGUGGCCAAUGGGAAAUCACAGGAGGAAGGCAUUGACUACAACGAGACUUUCAGUCCUGUUGUUAAACCAGGAACGAUACGAGCGGUCCUCGAUGUGAGUCUUGCACGUGACUGGCCGAUACAUCAACUAGACGUGAAAAACGCUUUUCUGCAUGGCGAACUUGAUGAAACGAUCUAUAUGCACCAACCGCCUGGCUUCACAGACAAGCAAUUUCCCAAUCAUGUGUGUCGACUCCGUAAGGCCAUAUAUGGCCUAAAACAGGCUCCGAGGGCAUGGAAUUCUCGUUUUGCGAAAUAUGUCACUGAUCUUGGUUUUGUCUGCAGCAAAAGCGAUCCUUCUCUGUUUAUUUACAGGAAAGGAAAUAAGCAGGCAUAUCUCCUUCUAUAUGUUGACGACAUACUCUUGACAGCCUCAGACAAAGUGUUUCUCCAACAGAUAAUCGAUUCGUUGAAGAAAGAAUUUCCCAUGUCAAAGUCCGGAAAAUUACAUUACUUCCUCGGUGUUAAGGCUGACUUUGUCAAUGGUGGAAUUUUCCUGUCACAAAAGGCAUAUGCAGAGGACAUUAUCAGGCGAGCAGGCAUGGAAGAUUGCAAACCUUGCUCCACGCCAGUGGAUCUCAAAUCCAAGUUAUCAAGUGAUUCUGGUGAACUAAUUCCCAACCCGACACAAUACCGUCAACUGGCCGGUGCACUGCAAUAUCUCACUUUUACUCGCCCAGAUAUCUCUUAUGCAGUAAAUCAGAUUUGUCUCUACAUGCAUGCUCCACGUCAACCACACUAUCAAGCACUGAAGCGCAUCAUUCGGUACAUAAAAGGGACAAAAGGCCAUGGCUUACAGCUGCUGAAAGGCAAGGUUGAUCAGCUAACUGCAUAUACUGAUGCGGACUGGGGCGGAUGUCCAGACUCACGACGAUCAACAUCUGGUUACUGUGUUUAUUUAGGAGGUAACUUGGUUUCCUGGUCCUCUAAAAGGCAACAAACAGUGUCCCGUUCAAGUGCUGAGGCAGAAUAUAGAGGAGUUGCCAAUGUUGUUGCUGAGCUAUGUUGGAUUCGUAACUUACUUCUUGAACUUGGCUGCCCGAUCACCAAGGCCUCUCUUGUCUAUUGUGACAAUAUAAGUGCCGUCUACCUUUCUCAUAAUCCGGUCAAACACCAACGAACGAAACAUGUUGAGCUGGAUAUUCACUUUGUUCGUGAGAAGGUAGCUAUUGGCCAAGUCAAGGUAGUUCACGUUCCUUGCUCUCUACAAUAUGCAGAUAUAUUCACUAAAGGACUUCCAACAAAGCUCUUCGAGGAUUUUCGUUCCAGCUUGACCGUCAGGAGUCCCGACGCUCCAACUGCGGGAGGGUGA